AAAGAUAGAACCAUCUUCCAGCCACUGGUUCUGCUUACCCAUUCCUCCCUGCUCCCUCAAAAUCUGCUCAAUAAACCCUAGUUCUGAAAAAGCCCAAAAAAAAAAAAAAAAUCCCCGAAUUUUUUUCAUCAAAAUUCUCUGCGUAAAAUGCACGUGCUUGCUUGCGCUUCGUCUCUCCAUGUCCAAAUUCCUCGACGUUUUGGACGGCGAGAGGUCUUCUUCGAUGGAGCUUCUUCACUUUGCUCUCGAGACAAGCUGUCAGCAUCUGGUUCUUGUUCUAAUGACGAUUUAAACGUCUCUAAAUCAGUCUCUAGGUCAAAUAAUAUCAAUGGAGAAUUAGGUGAAUUGAUGUGGAAGGACAUUCAUCUCAUGACACGCCGAGCAUUAUUUUCUAGUUCAGCUAUAUACACAUAUUUCCAUUCUUCCAGAAUAUGACAGAGGAGCUUCAAGAAGGAGGUGGUUGUGCUUCAAAACGAGGAGGCGGAGGCGGAGUUGCGGGAGGCUGAGGAGCUUUAUGAGGAACAAAGAGGAGGACGAAAAGCUUUGAUGAAGAAUAGAGAAAAGUAGAGUUUUGGUGACGGAGAGAGGUAGUGGAGCUUCGACAACGAGUGGCGGUGGAGCUUCGACAAUAAGAGAUGCUUGUGAAGCUCCGAUGGUCUUCAACGACGAGGGAUGGUGGCAGCUAUUUAUGUUAGAGUUUUUUUGUUAUCGAACACCGGAGAGAGAUGAAUCGAGAAAAGAAACAGGUUUUAAGUUAAAAAAAUGGUCAGGUUCAGGUUGGGCUCUAGUCAGGUACAAAAAGCUCAUGUAUU